CCAGUGCCGUUUUCCACAACCAGAAAGACGCGGGCAAGCAAAAUUUCGCCAUCUUGGUUCGUGGAUUGUUUGUGACUGCCACCUUCUCGUCCGCCGCCUCGUUGCUCGUACGCGUGUAAUACCAGCGCAAAUAAGAAACCAUGGCUGAUAACCAGGAUAACAAACCCGACGCCGGUCCGGGCGACAGCAACUCGGAGUACAUCAAGCUCAAAGUCGUUGGCAACGAUUCCAAUGAGAUACACUUCAGGGUCAAAAUGACCACUCAAAUGGGCAAGCUGAAAAAGUCCUACAGUGAGAGAGUGGGUGUGCCAGUCACCUCACUUAGAUUCCUCUUCGACGGAAGGCGAAUCAAUGAUGAUGAGACCCCUAAGCAGCUGGAGAUGGAAAAUGACGAUGUGAUUGAAGUUUACCAGGAACAGACCGGCGGCAGAAUGAAUUAACAAGAUUAGGUGUUAAGUGUUCCUUAUGAAUGCCUUGCCUCCGGAAGUGACAAUUUGUUGGGGUUAAAUAGAAGCGGAGGAAUAGGAACACGGUUGGACAAUUUGUGUCUAUAUAUUUAUAAUUUGGAUGACUACGAUCACUAGCAAUAGUUCACAGAAAAAUUAAUCAAGUGUUGCAUACCAUAUUUGAUUCCAUGGAUUUGAGGUGAACAGUGCAUUUCAUCUUCUUUUCAUUUGUACCCACAAAUAGGUUCUAAUUAAAAUAAGCUCAGCUUUCUCAUUCAACAAUUAUGAAUUUAACCACAUCCAAGACUAAUGUGUAAACAAACUUCAAAAAUAAAAUAAAAUUAUCCUUUUAUUAAAACAA